AUGAGGCUUCACUCGCCCGCCGUUCACCUCCUGCUGUACGGCCGGGUUCCUAACAGGUCACCAACUGAUAUCAGUCCGUGGCCCGGGGGUUGGGGAUCCCUGGCGUAUAGCAUGCACCAUGACGUGUACCGGGCAUCAAAAAGAAUAAAACACAGAGCUCCGGCGGCAACCGUGGCGUAUACCAGCCUCGCGGUGCCUCUCAUCGUGAUGCGCGUGUUCUGGGGCUUCGUCGGCUUCCUGGUGCCCUGGUUCGUCUCUAAGGGUCCCAACCGGGAAGUAAGCAUCACCAUGUUGGUGACCUGUUCCGUUUGCUGCUAUCUCUUUUGGCUGAUUGCAAUUCUGGCCCAACUCAACCCUCUCUUUGGACCACAGUUGAAAAAUGAAACCAUCUGGUACCUCAAGCAUCACUGGCCUUGAGGAAGAAGACCUGCUCGCCAGUGCUCAGUCACUGAGGCCACAAAG